GUGCAAGAACCCAGAGCUGCUGAAGGCUGGGGGCUGCAGAGGAACUGCAGAGAGACCAGCAAGCCAUGGUGUUUCCAUGGAGAUGCCAGAGUACUUGGUGGGGCCCAUGGAGCAUCCUCAAGCUGUGUGUCUGGACAGUGCUCUGUUGUGACUUCCUGGCGCACCAUGGAACUCACUGUUGGACAUACCACUAUUCUGAAAAAUCCAUGAACUGGGAAAAUGCUAGAAAGUUCUGCAAGGAAAACUACACAGAUUUAGUGGCCAUACAAAAUAAGAGAGAAAUUGAAUAUUUGGAGAAGACAUUGCCCAAAAACCCUACUUACUACUGGAUAGGAAUCCGGAAAAUUGGAAGCACAUGGACAUGGGUGGGAACCAACAAGCCUCUCACUAAAGAAGCAGAGAACUGGGGAGCUGGAGAGCCCAACAAUAAGAAGUCCAAGGAGGACUGUGUAGAGAUCUAUAUCAAGAGGGAAAAAGACUCUGGGAAAUGGAACGACGAUGCUUGCCACAAGCGAAAGGCAGCUCUCUGCUACACAGCCUCUUGCCAGUCUGGGUCUUGCAGUGGCCAUGGAGAAUGCGUGGAAACCAUCAACAAUCACACCUGCAACUGUGACGAGGGGUUUUACGGGCCCCAGUGUCAGUAUGUGGUCCAGUGUGAGCCAUUGAAGGCCCCAGAACUGGGUACCAUGGACUGCACUCACUCCUGGGGACACUUCAGCUUCCAAUCACAGUGUACUUUCAACUGUUCGGAGGGAACAGAGCUUCUUGGGACUAGAGAAACCCACUGCGGAUCGUAUGGAAACUGGACAUCCCUAGAGCCUGUCUGUCAAGUGACUCAGUGCCAGCCUCUCACAGCACCUGACCUGGGAACGAUGGAAUGCAGUCACCCCCUGGCCAACUUCAGCUUCACUUCUGCCUGUACUUUCACCUGCUCAGCAGGAACUGACUUAAUUGGAGAGAGAAUAAGUGUCUGCGGGACAGCUGGCAUCUGGUCUAGUCCUCGUCCUCUAUGUCAAAAGACAGACAGAAGUUUCUCAAAGAUCAAGGAAGGCGACUAUAACCCCCUCUUCAUUCCGGUGGCUGUCACCGUUACUGCAUUCUCGGGGCUGGCAUUUAUCAUUUGGCUGGCAAGGAGGUUAAAAAGAGGCAAGAAAUCUCAGAAAAGGAUGGAUGAUCCAUACUAA